UACUCCGCACCACAUACCUGGACCGGACUCUCGGGACUGUGGAGCAGGAGGGGCGGCUGCCAUGGCGCUCGCAUUGGGCUCGGGCGGCGGCGGCGGGAGCGACUUCUCCGUGAUGGUGAUAGGCUCCGACUUCGCGGUGGACGCCGGCGCGGCGCUCCUCGCCUCCCCCGCCGACCGCGAGGAGUGGCACGACUGCGCCCCCGACCUCGGCGACGACUUCUCCGACCUCGAGGAGCUCCAGGUGGUCCGCGUGCAGGGCGCGGACAGAUCCGGCCGGCCCGUCGUCCGGGUCGUCGGCAAGUUCUUCCCCGCUCCUGUUAUAGAUGGUGGACGUCUGAAGAGGUAUGUGUUUCACAAGCUCCGCACCGAGUUGCCAGAGGGUCCGUUCUGCAUCUUGUACGUACACACCACUGUACAAUCUGAUGAUAACAAUCCUGGAAUGACAAUCUUGAGGGGGAUUUAUGAAGAACUUCCAGCUGAAUACAAGGAAAGGCUGCAAAUAUUCUACUUCCUGCAUCCUGGGCUUUAUUCCUGGCUCGCCAUGGCCACACUAGGCAGGCUCUUCUUAAGCGGAGGGUUGUAUUGGAAAAUCAAGUAUGUUAGUCGGCUGGAGUAUCUAUGGGGGGACAUCAAAAAGGGUGAAGUUGAGAUUCCAGAUUUUGUUACUGAACAUGACAAGAUCCUUGAGCACCGACCAUUGACAGACUAUGGUAUAGAACCUGAUCCUCUGCAUCUCGCUGAUAUACCUGCUGCGGGGUACUCACUUGGUAGGUAUGAAGACAAAUGGUCUCCUGAAGAUCGCUGGAAUUCUCGCAAUUACAUGUGACAUUGUGGUGCUGUUGAAGGCUUGUAAGUUCUCUGUGUACAUAUGUCAUAGCAAAUGGCGAUGCAUACCGGAUUGUUGUGGAAACUUUGUUCAUAAUAAGGUAGUGUCUCAAAUUGUGGGCGUGUAUGACAUAUUUGUAGAGACAAUACCAAAUGGAUGACAGAUUGGACAUACAAAAAUGAUGUGAUUUGACGUUGUCUUGAGUUUCA